AUGCAUGUGCAUCCGACUCAUCCUCCAGUGGUCGAUCCGGAAGAACAUGUUCGAGUACUGAAGGAACUGAAGGAUACACGAGAACAAUUUAUGAUUAAACGAUUGAAAGUAGUAUGGCCAAGAAGAAUUUUAACUUUAUUGGGAAUACUUCAAUUAUUACUUGGUCUAGCAAUUAUUGCAGUGGAUUUACCGAUUAUCUUGAUGUAUGCUCCUCGUUGGCAAAUAUUUGCCGGUUGUUGGGGCGGCGUUUUUGCAUUUGCUGCAGCCGUCAGUACUCUUUACUCGUCUCAAAAAGUAACGUGGCAUAAAUUAAAAAUAGGCUCCGUUUUUAAUGUUUUGGGUGGUAUUGCGUCUGUUGGCAUGAUAGCAUUUAAUGUCCUCUAUUUAGUAAAUCAAAGUUUGUGCAUUAUCGUUGGUGGUUGUAAUUAUUUAUCUUAUACAUUUUCACCAGUAAAACCAUAUUAUAUUGGCGAAACAGUACUCGGUGCCGUACUUGUCAUUACCAGUUUCAUUUAUGAAGUACUCUUUAUUAAAUAUGGUUUAGCUAGUUCAAUAGAAUUUGAUCGUAUACAGAAAGGUGAGAUUCCUUUACAAAAGCCGAUAAUGCCAUCACCUACACUAACGAGAUCGACUGGACUCCAUGAUUCCAUGCCGGAACAAUAUCAAGAGCCACCGCAAGGAUACUAUAAUCAAGUUCCACCUGGACAUAUGAUGUACAACCAGAGAAUGAUGAUGCGACCACCACCACCUAACCAACAAGCCCAAAUGAUGUACAACCAGAGAAUGAUGAUGCGACCACCACCACCACCUAAUCGACAUGCCCAAAUGAUGUUCAUGCAACGAGGAGGUCCUCGAGGUCCUCCACCAAUGAGAAAUUACCCGUAUUCAUAA